AGUAAAGUUCGAGCAUCAGUAAGAAACUGGUAUUUUCUAAAGCAAACAUUUUGAAAGAUUGUGCGAAAUAACAAUGUUCAAAUUGUUGCCACUACUACUCGCUUGCAUUGUGUGCAGUAUAGCCUCGCCGGAGCCGGACGGUCUUUACAAAAUCAUCAGCGGCAGCUCGAUCCUUAAGCCUUAUCAAACAAUCUCCUUGACAGCUAAGUCUCAAAAUCAACAACAGCUGCAAUCGAAUGCCGUCACAUCGGGAGAGCAGGAGGACAACAACGACACGACGGGCAUAACAGAUGACCAGGAAUCAGGUGCGCCAGCAUCGGUAACAUCAAUUGCCACUCCUGCACCUAUUUCAAACUCUCAAGCUGCCGCGCCAGCAUCCAUAGCACGUCUUACAGCUGUGGCCUCUGCUGGUUCUGCAUUGGCUUCAGCAUCAGCAUCGCGCUCCGCAUUACGUGUAUCUUCUUCGAUUAACGUCCCAACAGGCAGCAGCUCCUCUACAACCAUCCAACAUCACAUCUUACCGCCUGAGACUAUACCACUGCCCAUUACCAUUUCUACGCGUCCUGGCCUACGUACUGUUAUCGCACCAGAGACCAUCACUAUUCGCGAGUCGACUGUAGCUAAGGUGGGAGAAGUGGUGCAGAAAAUACCGACUGCUGUGUCACAUCAGAGUCAAACGGUGGUGCAUAAGCAUGCGCGUGUGGUCACGCCCAUUGUGGCACCCGCAGUGCGUACAAUCAAGUCACAAGUGUUGCGUGCCUACCAUACCCCGAUCAUCUUCUCACCGCAAACAUCCGUGGUACGUAGAGGCAACACAAACGCAAAUGCAAAUGCAAAAGCAAGUGGCAAUGCAAAAACAAGUGCAAGUGCAAGCGCAAGUGCAAGCAUCAUCUCGAAUGCAAGCAAUGCCCAGAGUAGUGCCAACAACAGAUACAAACUCUGAGGCAAAGGAUGCUCUUAUUGCUGAUCUAGCUGUUAUUUACUUUAAAAUCUUUUGAAACUGCUUACUGUGUUCCAGGUUGAUGUUCGUUAUAAGAAAUUUAUUUAAAAUUUUAAUUAUCCAAAUUUUAGUCGAAGUGUGUUUUCUGUUUUACAGGCAUCACUCGUGUUGUUUAGGUUUCAUAUUUACUUUAACUAAAACUUUUUUGGAAUAAAAAAUUCAAACUCUACAA